CUCUUCAGUGCUCUGUUGGUCUUCGUCGUUUCGUUACGCGGCCCAGUACGUUACUUGCGCGCAUUAUUAUUAUUAUUAUUACACAUUUUUCAUUUCUACGUUUAGCGUGUCCGUGUGUUUUCGUUGCGAGUGCCUUCGUGUUUGUGUUUUAUAUUAUUUUAACGACGACGUGUCCCGAGUGCUCGAUUACAGUUUUGUGCGCGCCUGUGUUUCGAAAUAUAUAAUCGUUCGAAAAAUUGUUUUUUUUCUUUUUGUUCACAAAAACGUGGUCGCAAGUCGUUCGAACACGCGGACCGAGUUCGGGAAUCACGCCGGUCGAUAAUAAUAAGUAAUAUACGUGUGUGUAUAUACUCGUACAUAUAAAUAUAUAUAUAUAUAUAUAUAUUUAUAUAUUUAUUGUUAUCAGAUAUUUAAACGUCGUCCGUUCGAAAAACCGAGUGACGUUUUGAUUUCGCGGCCAUGAGCUGCUAACGUAACAUGUACGCCGCAGCUACGAUGAACGCAGCAGCUGUAGCGGCCGCUGCCCGGCACCCGGGCCCACCGCAACCGGGACAGCCGUUCAAGUUUACCAUUGGCGAAUCAUGCGACAGGAUCAAGGAAGAAUUCAAUUUCCUCCAAGCUCAGUACCACACCUUGAAAAUGGAAUGCGAAAAAUUGGCCAGCGAGAAAAUCGAAAUACAAAGGCAUUACGUAAUGUAUUACGAGAUGUCGUACGGGCUCAACGUGGAAAUGCACAAACAGACGGAGAUAGCCAAACGUUUAAAUGCCAUUAUCGCCCAGAUAAUGCCUUUCCUAUCGCAAGAGCACCAACAGCAAGUGGCCACCGCGGUGGAAAGAGCGAAACAGGUGACCAUGACCGAACUCAACGCCAUCAUUGGGCAACAACGGCCGGAUCUGCCCAGGUUAUUGCAACAAAUGCACGCCCAGCAACUACCGCAUGCAGCGGCUCACGCACCACCUAUACCCAUGAUGCCCCAUCCAGGUCUGCCUGGUCCCCCGGUGACUGCGGCCGCUAGCCUGCUAGGUUUGGCAGGCGCUGCCGGAGGUGCCGGGCACCCUUUGUCCAUGUUGGGCGCCAAACCGACUGAUCUGCAUAGGGGCAACGACUCCGACAAACCCUCUUCGGCCAUUGGACUGAGCGCAGCCGAAGAAAGACACAGGAGUUCCAUAUCACCGGCGGAAAGGGAGAAAUUUCGCGUCAGAAGCUCGCCGGAUAUCGAGCCACACAAGAAGGUGAAAAAAGAAGAAAAAGAUUGCCACGCAAGUGACGGUGAAAAGAGCGAUCAAGAUUUAGUCGUCGACGACGCUAGCGAGGAUCCAGUAUCACCUCUUAACGGAACGGCCUCGCCGAGAGAAAAUGGUAUCGACAAGUUACAACCGAAAAAAGAACACAUUGGACCGCAUAGUCCGCGGAGCGGGACAUCGUCUAAUGCCAGCACACCUUCCACAAAGAAAAUGGAGGACAAACCUAGCACACCUAUUUCCAAGUCGAUCACGCCGACAAGCGGCGGUAGCGGAUGUAGCGGCGCGGCGGGCUCGUCGAUGAAACCCAUGGCCAAAGGACCUUCAUUAGCUCAAUAUCCACACUAUUUGCCCGGUGGAGCGAGUCCGCACGAACUUCAGGCGGCCGCAGCGGCUGUCGGGGCUUACGGAGCGUUACAUAAUAAUAUGCCACCAUCGGCCGCUCUAAACAGUUACCCCAGACCGGCAAUGGUCGGUUAUGAUCCUCACGCACAAAUGAGAGCACCUCUCGGACCCGGACUAGGCAUUCCGGGUGGAAAACCAGCCUAUUCGUUUCACGUGAGCGCCGAAGGCCAGAUGCAACCGGUGCCCUUUCCACCCGAUGCACUGAUGGGCCCAGGCAUUCCUAGACAUGCCCGUCAGAUCAACACCCUAGGACAUGGAGAAGUAGUCUGCGCUGUGACCAUCAGCAACCCCACAAAAUACGUAUACACCGGCGGCAAGGGCUGCGUCAAGGUGUGGGACAUUAGUCAACCGGGAUCCAAGUCGCCGGUAUCCCAACUAGACUGUUUGCAACGUGAUAACUACAUAAGAUCUGUAAAACUCUUACCCGACGGCCGGACGUUGAUUGUCGGAGGAGAAGCCAGUAAUUUGAGUAUAUGGGAUUUGGCAUCGCCGACGCCCAGAAUAAAGGCCGAGUUAACGUCGAGUGCACCGGCAUGUUACGCGUUAGCCAUCAGUCCAGAUUCAAAAGUGUGCUUUAGUUGUUGUUCCGAUGGUAACAUAGCCGUUUGGGAUUUACACAAUCAAACGUUGGUCAGACAGUUCCAAGGGCACACGGAUGGAGCGUCGUGCAUAGACAUCUCUUCGGACGGGUCCAAAUUGUGGACGGGCGGUCUUGACAACACGGUGCGGUCUUGGGACUUGCGAGAAGGACGUCAACUGCAACAGCACGAUUUUUCAUCUCAGAUAUUCUCGUUGGGUUACUGUCCGACAGGCGAAUGGUUAGCAGUCGGCAUGGAAAACUCUAAUGUUGAGGUGUUACACGCUUUGAAACCAGACAAAUACCAACUGCACUUGCACGAGUCGUGCGUGCUGUCCCUUCGGUUUGCGACGUGUGGAAAAUGGUUUGUGUCAACUGGAAAAGACAACUUGUUAAACGCAUGGCGUACGCCCUACGGUGCCUCAAUAUUCCAAUCGAAAGAAUCGUCGUCGGUACUAAGCUGUGACAUAUCGGCCGAUGACAAAUACAUUGUGACCGGUUCGGGCGACAAGAAAGCUACAGUUUACGAAGUUAUAUACUAGUAAAUGAUGCAAGAAGACAUAUUAAAAUGUUUCGGUGUUCAUUAGGUGUAGAAAACUAAUUGUUGUUAAUUUCAACGUUUAUUGAACAUUUUUUGUGAUAAUUAUUUCCAAUAUAAUAUUUUACUAUUAUGACUUAGACCGUAAAUAUUAAUUUACAUGUAGUGCAAAUAUCAUUUACAAGUGUAAAAUGGAAACUACUAAUAUCUCUUUUUGAAAAAAAUUAAUACCGAAAAUUGUAUCUUUUUAUAAUCUAGUAUAAGAGUUGAUUUAAAAAACCAAUUGUUUACCUACUGUAAGACCUGUUUAAGCUGAUAAUCAUAGUUUACGCUUUAAUCAAAGCUUAGGUAUUGCUGCUUACGCAAAAUUUUGAAUCUUUGAUUUUAAAAAGACUACCAUGAUUACCAGAAUAUUUAACAGUUUCAUUACUAAUUAUUAUUAUUAUUUUUUUUUUUUGAGACUAUUAUUUUGUGAUUAUUUAUAUGUAAAAAUUAAAACAAUAAAACGCCCCUCACGAGAAAGAUCUUUCAAAUAUAAUAUACUAUUAAUUUUUUUUUUUUUGUAUUUUAAUUAUUGUAUUUACUUUAUUAUUUUCAUAAGUGUUAACUUUGUUUUAUCUAUUUUGUACAAAAUAGUAGAUAGAUAAAAAAAAAAUACCGAUAAGUUUUUGUUAAUUUUUUUUCAUUAGGAUCUUAUAGGUAAAUCAUUAAGAUAUAAUCUCUAAACGUAUCUUUUAUACCUAAUAUAUAGACCCUUUGAAAAUAAUUUAAAUUUUAUUGUUAUUUAAUAAUUAUUUAUGUUUAUUUAAAAUAAUUCAUUUCCCCCAUAUUUUAUAAUAUUGUGCUA